UGACAGCAGCUGUGUGGCUGCGCGGGGCGCACGGAGCGGCAGCGAGGGGAAGGCCGUCAGACAGGCAGCAGAGUUGGUACGAACAUCAUCGGACUUGACCAAACUAAACCAAAAAAACAUCUCGACUGCGCCUCAUCUGCGUGUCCGUUGGUAGAUAUGGCUCGGACUGCUCUAUAUAUGGGAUUUACGUCGGAUUGCGCGGAUGAUCGCUCCGGAGAAGAUGCCUGAAUUUGAAGUAAACAGCGGAGGAGAAAGUGUGCCUUCUUUGGAAUUGAAUGGGUCGUGUGCCACAACAGAACUCGGAGUGCACCAAGGCCAACGGCAGCAGCAGUUAGCACGCUAGCUAGCUACGAUUAGCCUGCUAACGUUACAGGUGUUAGGCAACAAUUCACCAAACAUAACUAGUUUGUUUGUUAGCUAACAACAACCUACGCUGCCGAGGCAUGACGCCGGGCCGACGCGAAUGUGCCUGUUGUUAGCUCGUUUAGCCACGGCCAAGUUAUCCGUAGCACGUAUAACAUUUAGCGACACUGUUAUUAGCUAAUUAGCUAGCCCCUUUUUAGUUAGCUGCUGUCCUGUGUUUACAGCAGCGGGCUAGCCUCACUAGCCACCAAGCUAGCGAGUUAACUUAAUACAUGUGCUUUUUUUUUUUCUUCUUCCCCUCAUGUAGCUUAUAGCUCGCAAGUCAACCUUAAUCAGCCGCGGGCUCGCCGUUUGGAUUAGUUAUACUGUCCCUUUUUUUUUUUUUUGCAAGCGAGCUAGUUGACUUUUUCACCGUGCCUGGACUGACCCACCCACAAGGACUACCCGGGGCCGAUGCUGACAAUCCAGCCCGGAUCACGGCAACGCAAGGAGCCGCCACAGCCAUGCAGCCACAGCAGAUAUAUGACUUUUCAAGUGACGAGAACAGUCACAAAUGGAGGGGCCUCUUCGUGCAAGCCUUACGGAAGGUACAGAAGCAGGUCCACCCAAACCUCUUGGCGAAGGAGGAUGCACUUCAGCACAUCGAGGAGUUGAUCCUGCAGCUCCUCAACAUGCUGUGUGUGGCCCAGCCUCGCUCCGUGCAGGACGUCGAGGAACGCGUCCAGAAAACAUUUCCUCACCCUAUAGAUAAGUGGGCCAUAGCCGACGCCCAGUCAGCUAUCGAGAAACGCAAGAGGAGGAACCCCUUACUUCUCCCUGUGGACAAGAUACACCCCUUGCUAAAGGAGGUUUUGGGCUAUAAAGUCGACUACCACGUCUCCCUGUACAUUGUAGCUGUGCUCGAAUACAUAUCAGCAGACAUAUUGAAACUGGCAGGCAACUAUGUCGGGAACAUCCGGCACUACGAAAUCAGCCAGCAGGACAUCAAGGUGUCCAUGUGCGCAGACAAGGUGCUGAUGGACAUGUUUGACCAGGAGGAGGACAUCGGCCUGGUGUCCCAGUGCACCGAGGAGCCGUCGUCUUCGGGGGAGCUCACCUACGACGACCUGGUGAGGCUUGAGAUUGCCGAGGAGCGCCAGUACCUGCGAGAGCUCGACCUCAUCAUCAAAGUUUUCCGCCAUCACUUUGUGUCCAACAACAAAAUCUUCACGCCUCAGGACGUGGAGGUGAUCUUCAGCAACAUCCUGGACAUCCACGAGCUGACAGUGAAGCUGCUGGGACUGAUCGAGGACGCCGUGGAGAUGACGGCGGACGGCAGCCCUCAUCCGCUGGUGGGCAGCUGCUUUGAAGAUCUAGCAGAGGAGCAGGCAUUUGACCCGUACGAGACCCUGUCGCAGGAUAUCCUCAACAGGGAGUUUCACGAGCACUUCAACAACCUGAUGGCACGACCGACCGUCGGCCUCUACUUCCAGUCCGUUGCAGAGGGCUUCAAAGAAGCAGUCCAGUAUGUCCUUCCACAGCUCAUGAUGGUUCCAGUGUACCACUGUAUGCACUACUUUGAGCUGCUACAGCAACUCCAGGAGCGCAGUGAAGACCAGGAUGACAGAGAGUGUCUGAAACAGGCCAUCACAGCGCUGCUUAACCUUCAGUGUAGCGUGGAGCGCAUCUAUGCCAAGCACCAGCCUCGCCGUAAGCCCGGUGAGCCCAUGUACCGCCUGUACAGCAGGCAGGUUCGUAGCAAACAGCUCGCCAUCAAACGCAUGAACGAGAUCCAGAAAAGCAUCGACGGCUGGGAGGGGAAGGACAUUGGCCAGUGCUGCAGCGAGUUCAUCCUGGAGGGGGCGCUCAUACGAGCGGGUGCCAAGCACGAGAGACACAACUUCCUGUUUGACGGCCUGAUGAUCAGCUGCAAAGCCAAUCAGAGCUCACGGCUGCCAGGCUCGGGCAGCGGGGCGGAGUACCGCCUCAAGGAAAAGUUUGUCCUGAGGAAGAUCCGCAUCGUGGACCGCGAGGACUCUGCAGAGCUGCGGCACGCCUUUGAACUGAUAGGCAAGGAUGAAAACUGUGCGGUUUUCUGUGCGCGGUCGGCAGAGGAGAAAGCGUCGUGGAUGGCGGCACUGGUGACUCUGCAGUACCGCUCCACUCUGGACCGCAUGUUGGACACGGUGCUGCAGCACGAGGAGCAGGCACAGCCGCUCAGACUGCCCUCCCCGGAGGUUUACCGCUUUGCUGUGCAGGACUCUGAAGAGAAUAUUGUGUUUGAGGACCGAGUGCAGAGCAAAACGGGCAUCCCCAUCAUUAAAGCCGGCACAGUAGUGAAGCUCAUAGAGAGGCUCACCUAUCAUAUGUACGCUGAUCCUAACUUUGUGCGCACGUUUCUCACCACAUACCGAUCCUUCUGCAAGCCACAGGAGCUUCUCAGCCUGCUGAUAGACAGGAUUGAGAUCCCUGAGCCAGAACCGACCGAGGCGGACCGUCAGGCUCUCUGGAACGGCGACCAGCCGCUGGCAGCUGAGCUCCAGAGAUUUCGGAAGGAAUACGUUCAGCCGGUCCAACUCAGGGUUCUCAACGUUUUCCGUCAGUGGGUUGAACAUCAUUUCUACGACUUUGAGAACGAUCCAGAGCUGAGAAGUAAACUAGAGGAGUACAUCACCAGCAAAAUACAACUGCGAGGCAAGUCCAUGAGAAAGUGGGUGGAGUCCAUCAACAAGAUCAUCAAGAGGAAGCUGCAGACGCAGUCCAACGGCGUCAGUCACAACAUCACCUUCGAGAGCCCGCCCCCUCCCAUCGAGUGGCACAUCAGCAGAGCGGGGCAGGUGGACACCUUUGAACUCAUGACCCUUCACCCCAUAGAGAUUGCCCGCCAGCUGACCCUGCUCGAGUCAGAGCUCUACAGAGCCGUCAGGCCAUCUGAGCUGGUUGGCAGCGUCUGGACCAAAGAGGACAAGGAGAAGAACUCGCCCAACUUGCUCCGCAUGAUCCGCCACACAACUAACCUCACACUGUGGUUUGAGAAAUGUAUUGUAGAGGCAGAGAACCUGGAUGAGAGGGUGGCGGUGUUCACGCGGGUCAUCGAGAUCCUGCAGGUUUUCCAGGAGCUCAACAACUUCAACGGAGUCCUGGAGGUGGUCAGCGCCAUCAACUCUGUGCCGGUCUACAGGCUCGAACACACCGCUGAGGCGGUCCCAGAGAGGAAAAAGAAAAUCCUGGAAGAAGCCAAGGAACUCAGCCAGGACCAUUUUAAGAAAUACCUGGCCAAACUCAAGUCAAUAAACCCACCCUGUGUGCCUUUCUUUGGUAUCUAUUUAACCAACAUCCUGAAGACAGAGGAGGGGAACCCAGACUUCCUCAAGCGCCACGGCAAGGAGCUCAUCAACUUCAGCAAGCGGAGGAAAGUGGCAGAAAUCACAGGAGAGAUCCAGCAGUACCAGAACCAGCCCUACUGCCUGAGAGUGGAGGCCGACAUCAAGAGGUUCUUCGAGAACCUGAACCCGAUGGGCAGCAUGAGCGAGAACGAGUUUUCUGACUACCUGUUCAACAAGUCUCAGGAGAUUGAGCCACGGAACUGCAAGCAGCCUCCCCGAUUUCCCAGGAAGACCCCGUACACGCUCAAAUCCCCGGGGGUCCGGCCUGUGCGCACGUCUACCUCUGGCACCCUGAAGGGCCACCCCGUCCCCCUGGAGAGGGAACCGCCUCACAAGAUCACCUUCCGGAGUAUCGCCGAGACCGAGCCGGAGACGCCGGCGUCGGCCUCGGUGCCCACGUCUCCCAACACCCCGACCCCUCCCCAGUCGGCGUCCUCGGACCUCAGCUCGGUCUUCAUGGACCACGACCUGAGCAACUCCUACGGCGGAAGUAACUCCAUAUUUGCUCCAGUUCUUCUACCACCAUCAAAGUUCCAGUCUGUGUCGUGCGGCAGCCUCCACCAGCUUGGAGAGGAGCUGCUGAAGCCGCCUCCUCUGCCCCCCCGGAGGAAAGACGCGCUGUCGGAGGCCAAGCUGAGCUCCAGGUGCGACAGCCCCCCUGCCAUCCCGCCAAGACUCCCCCCUCCUCUGCCCAGGAUCCAGCCCAGGGCUCCCGUCUACAACGGCCCCAUCGACGGCCCCCUGCCCAGCCCCCCUCCUCCGCCGCCGCGGGACCCUCUGCCCGACACGCCGCCCCCGGUGCCCCAGCGCCCGCCGGAGAUCUUCAUCAACUACCCCCUCAACCUGCAGCCGUCCCCCGUGGGCCGCUUCCACUGGGACUUCGGCAGCUCGCCCAGCUCGCCAAACACCCCUCCCAGCACGCCGUCGCCUCGCGUGCCCCGGCGGAGCUGCCCCCUCAGCGCCAGCCAGAACAGCCUGUGCCCGCUGCCCGUGGCGAUGCCCGUGCCCAUCACGGCGCCGCCUGUCCCGCCCCGCCACAACUCCAGCCCGCAGCUCCCCCAACUCCCACCAAAGACAUACAAAAGGGAGCUGCUGCAGCCGCCGCUACAAGGCCUCUCAUUGGUGGAAAACACCGACAGCAGCCAGUGAGGCGGCACCUUUUCCACUUGUUUUUUUUUUUGUUUGUUUUUUUUUAAAUCACGAACACCUCGGUGAUCUUGAAAUGCAAACUUCAAACCCGUGACCUGCAAACUAUGAGCUCCAAUACAGUGGACGUUGUCAUGAUCAAAGCUACUGAUCAGAAAGAAUAACACUGCUCCUCCCCCCCCCUCCCCUCCCCUCUCGCCCCCAGCACUCCAGCUCCUCCCACUCAUCCUCUGCAUUGACCAAUCACACCCUGCCAUGCCUCUCAGGGGAUCAGUAGCUCCGCCUUCAUUCUAAAACCCUCUGUGCCAAUGAGAAACCCACACCGGUGUGCCAGCUAACAAACAAGGAGCGCCAAGACACUGUUUGAGUGCGUGUGUGUGUGUGUGUGUGUGUGCGCGCGUGCGUGUGUGUAUAAAUGCUUCACUGUGUUUCUCCUGUUGAGAGUGCACACUCUACGGAGGAGCAGGACCUUGUGCUCCCCGAUAAUAGUUCUCACCCCCGACACCUUUACUUACGGGACAAUGCUUUACCCCACGUACCCCCGGCUCCGCCCCACAGGGCAGGGGAAUUCUGGGAGUGUUGGACUUUGUAGCCUCAAGCGUCCGUGUUUCUGCGAGCGCCGACAUCACGGUUCACCACAUGGGUCCUGCUGCAGCUCACAGACCUGACUCACACUGUUGAAGACCUCUCUUCUCCUCAGCCCUCAUCUUAGAAAUAACUAAAAAGCUCUUUUGGCGGUGGGUUCUUGUGUGAGAAGCAGGCAUGAAUAGACAUUUCUCUUGAGUACUUCACUUGUUUUUUUCCUACGUACCGAGAAAAAAAAAAUGUGGCCAAAGUCUUAUUUUAUGCAGGGGGAUAAGGGAUUUGCUUUUUUUUUUUUUUUUUUUUUUAAGAACAGACAUGACAUUAAAAAAAACAAAACAAAAGGAGGCAAAGGAAGUUCAUUGGCCAGUGCGACACUGAAUUCCCCUCCCCCUUUUAUCUCUCAACUGUGCACUGUGACUGUAUAGAAGUGAGUUGAACUGUCUGGCUGUUUUGUGCGCAGACAGGACUCUCCAUAGCCACACGCUCCACUUCAAACGUUGCCUUUAAAAAUCCAACAGCAGUGACCUCUGACUCUGGGCUCCAGGCCUCGCGGCGCCGGAGGGAAAAGGGAGACGAGACAAAACGAGAAAAAAAAAGAGUCUACACUCCAUUUGCACAUCAAACUUGAGCGAAGUCAGCAGGUUGGAGGAUUCAAUUCACUAUUAAGUCUCCCGCGACGGAGAAAACUCUGCCACGAUAUCAAACUGCUCCGACCCGGGAGGAAAACGACGGGAGGAAAGAAAGACGGGCCACAGAGGAGUCGGGGGGCGAAGUCGACCCCGUUUUUCUAUCUCAGACUCUUCAAUAAGCCAAGAUGAUGUCUUAAAUCAUCCCCUUAAAGACGUGCGCUGCUGUCCAACACUGUGCUCUUCUCCAAUAGCCCCAGUACCAACUCUUCUUCAUUGGUAUGGAAACUCAGCACUGGUAGCACGCAACCCCCCCCACACACCCCCACCAAAGCCUGGGACAAAGGGACAGCUCCCCCCAGUGGCUGCUCCAAAAACCUAAAACCCAUGAAAAAAGAGGAACAUGUUAACCUGAGUUCUUUUCUAUCUAUCUCUUUCUCUUUCUCUCUCUCUCUUACUCUCUCUCUCUCUCUGCUCGAAACACCUUUUUUCACUUUGGAAAGACUGAAAUAAUCCAUGCAUCAUGCUCAGAUGUGCCUUUUAUUUUGUUUUCUACUUUACAGAAUAAGCAAAUGGUGUCUAAAAUGCUAAAAAAUAAAGUUGCCUAUGUAAUGUUUAGAACAAAGCUAUACACUACGAAAUUGUACAUGUUUGUGGAUACUGUGUAUAUAUAACAUGUAUACACUAACUAAAUAAUUUGUAUAAAGUGACUCUUUUUUUUUUUUUUUUUUUUUUUUUCUGUUGUAUUGUACCUUCAUCCGCAUCUGUUCGGUCAAAUAUUGCCUAACAAUCCAAUGCUGCUCCAGUCAGAUUUAAAAAAACAACAAAAAAAACAACAAAAAAAACAAAAAACAAAAAAAAAAACAACAACAGGUCACUGUCACUAACUUACUCACAGACAAUCCCCAGUUUAAACACUGGGACUAUUAACUGAGGAAAGCCAUUUUUUUCUUCCCUGCCCCUUAGCUGUUUUAAAGCAAUGAGAGUAUACAGUUCAAUAUGCCAAGCACUUACUUAGACGUGUGCUUCACUUUGUACAUCCUACUAAUUGCCUUUUGAUCGUCUCGUUUUCAAGGACUUUCGAAUGCUAAUACUCAUUAAACAGAGGUUGGAGUUGUUUUAAGGUUUGCAAUUUGAGUGUAUGUGUAUAUAUAUAUAUCUAUACGUCUCUAUAGAUAUAUGUAUGUCAUGUGAUCUGAUGAGCAUAGUGAAGAAUUGGACAUUUUCUGAGAACACACUUUGUGCACUUUAGGCUGUACUGUUGAAGAGCCGCAGUCGAUGUAGGUCAUGUUUGUAAAUGCAAUGCAUUCUGGCAAUGGUCCUAUGCUACUGUUCAAACUCACUUUCUACAUGGAUCAGGGCGGUAAAACACACUAGUCUACCACUUCAUCCCCCACCCCUCGU